UUUCUCUCUAUCUCUCUAUCUCUCAUCCCAUAUACACUUGCAUAUAUAUAUACACACAUAGCAAUGGAGUACUCUGCACAUGAACUCUUCCCACAAUUAGACAUGGGACAACAAUCUUACGGCGGUGUAUUGUCGUCAUCCAUGAAUUACACUGGUGACUACUACUAUUAUGGAGAACCAAUUCUUGAUCCUGUUUAUCAAACAUUUUAUCAAACACCGUGCUACACGCCAUUACUUGACCAACAGCUCAUCAAUUUCAUGCCACAAGAAGAACUCUGUUAUAACAAGAUGACAUUUCCUCAGCAACAACAACAACCACAACAGCAACAACAAGUACAACAAGAACAAUUAGAAGUAAUGACCAUGAUGAACAACAAUUUGUUCCAAGAAAACUCGCCCUCAACAACAUUUUCAUCAUUCUCCUCUGAUAACGAAGAAGAUGAAGAGGAUCAAGAUAUAAGCAAUAAAAACUCUCUAUUCCACUGUGAAUACAAGGGUUGCACAAAGACAUUUACGCGCACUUAUAACUUAAAAUCACACCGUCGUACGCAUACAGACGAAAAACCCUUUGUGUGUGAUAGGUGUCCAAAAUCAUUUGCAAGACAGCAUGAUCGCAACAGACACGCUAAGCUUCAUCUGGGUUUAAAGCCAUAUCCCUGCCAAUUCUGCGACAAGUCCUUUGCGCGACAGGAUGCGUUAAACAGACAUCUGAAGAGAGAUAAGAAGAAUAACGAGAAAGGCUUAUACCUCUACCCACCACCAUGUCUUUUAAUAAAAUUAAGACAACAACAAUUGGCUAUGAAAAAGAGAAAACAACAUUAAUCCCAUUUUUUGCUGGUACAAACUUAUGAAUAAUAUGAUCUCUCCCCUUAUUCCCCACACCUCAUUAUUAGACUUAUACAUAUUCCCCCCCCCAUCUCACAUACGCUCACCUAUGUACAAUAAAUAAAUAAAAAAAAAGAAACUAUUUCUCAUAA